AGCAACGUGCAAUAUUCGUGUUCUUGUCUGCAGGGAGCGCUUCAUUUUUGCGCCGAGAACCAUCGAUCAAUCACAAACUGAUAUCUGAUUAUUGAAGGUUGAAACUUGAAAAAGAAAAUGGAUAGAUUUGUAUCUUGUAGUAGUGGGUCAGCGCUUAUUCCAAAAGCAAUGCACGCUACAAGUUUCUUCACAUCACCAAUUGGAAUUGCAGAAACUGUGGGUGGUAACAGUAGAAUUUCUCGGAUGCGGGUCCGGGUUUCUAUGGUGGACUCCUCGGCUGAUUUCGCUAGGCGCAUGGAACGAACCUGGUUAAUCUCUCAGCAACCAAGGCCAAUCGUGUGUUCAUCUUGCAACUCAAAAGGGCAUAUUGAAUGCAAAUGGUGUGGGGGUACUGGUUUUUUUAUUCUUGGUGAUAACAUGCUUUGUGAAGUCCCAUCUAGAAACACUAGCUGUAUUAUUUGCACUGGGAAGGGAUCAAUGUGCUGCUCUGAUUGUCAAGGAACAGGCUUUCGUGCAAAGUGGUUGGAAGAACCUCCUACUUCGUAGUAGCAAAACUAGUGCUUAAAUGGUGGAGCAUAUUUCAAGUCGUGAGAAUUGAAGUUAUAUAAUACCUCAUUUUUCACCUGUCUGACAGAUGCGGCAGCCUCUUUAACGACAGAUUACUCUACAUUGAACAAUAUUGUCUAGUUAUUCCUUUUUUAACAAACGCUUACAUUUUACUGGAAGCAUUCAAUUGGUAUUUUUUUUAUGUAUUAUUGACAUGUACAAGUGUCGUUGUUUUACGAAAAUG